AUGCCCGCGGGGAUGGCGCGCGACCUGGAAGAGACCGGCUCGUCCUCGUCCUCCUCCAAGGAGGAGGAGGCGGCGGCGGCGGCGGCGGCGCCGGAGGAACACCCAUGCAUCAUGUGGACUGGUGGCUGCAGGCGGAUCCCCAUCUUAGUGUUUCAUGCAGAAGCUAUUCUGACCAAUGAGAGCUACCUCCGUCUGAUUGGAGAGCGCUAUCGCUUGUCUUACAAAAUUGUGCGAACAGAUAGCCGCCUGGUGCGCAGCAUUCUGACUGCCCAUGGAUUCCAUGAGGUGCACCCUAGUAGCAGUGAUUAUAAUCUCAUGUGGACAGGAUCCCACUUGAAGCCCUAUCUGCUGCGCACCCUCACAGAUAUUCAGAAAGUCAAUCACUUCCCCAGAUCAUAUGAACUAACCCGGAAGGACAGAUUAUACAAGAAUGUCAGUCGUAUGCAGCAGACCCAUGGGUUCAAGACAUUCCACAUCUUGCCUCAGACCUUCAUCCUGCCAGCAGAGUAUCAGGAGUUCUGCAAUUCCUACUCAAAAGACAGAGGUCCCUGGAUAGUGAAACCUGUGGCCUCUUCCAGGGGACGUGGUGUUUAUCUCAUCAAUAAUCCGAACCAGAUUUCCCUGGAAGAAAAUAUCCUGGUCUCCCGUUACAUCAAUAACCCUUUGCUCAUAGAUGAUUUCAAAUUUGAUGUGCGUCUGUAUGUUCUGGUGACAUCCUAUGAUCCACUUGUCAUCUACCUCUAUGAGGAAGGACUGGCCAGGUUUGCAACAGUGAGAUAUGACCAGGGAUCCAAGAACAUUAAAAACCAGUUCAUGCAUCUGACCAAUUACAGUGUCAAUAAGAAGAGUGGAGACUAUGUCAGCUGCGAUGACCCUGAGGUAGAGGAUUAUGGAAACAAAUGGAGCAUGAGUGCAAUGCUGAGGUACCUGAAACAAGAAGGAAGAGACACAGCAGCACUGAUGGCCAAUGUGGAGGACCUGAUUAUUAAGACUAUAAUUUCUGCUGAACUGGCCAUUGCCACAGCCUGUAAAACUUUUCUUCCACACCGUAGCAGCUGCUUUGAGCUGUAUGGUUUUGAUGUCCUUAUUGAUGCUACUCUCAAGCCUUGGUUGCUGGAAGUGAACCUGUCUCCAUCCCUGGCCUGUGAUGCUCCUUUGGACCUGAAGAUCAAAGCUAGCAUGAUUUCAGACAUGUUCACCCUUGUAGGCUUUGUAUGCCAGGAUCCAGGCCAGCGGUCAAGCCGGGCACCCUAUCAUUCAUCUGAGUCUGCCAGAAGAUAUCCCUUCCAGAAGUCUCAGCGACCUGUCUCUGCACAGCCUCGUCCAACAAAUACCAAGUUGCGUAUUCGUCCUCUGUCUGCCAGUGAUGUUGAGAUAAAAAGCCUGAUGCCCUCAGGCAGGGAAAAAGUAGGGGGAAAGCAAGGCAGCUCCAUGUUGGGUCUGUCCAUGGAGGAGAUAAAAGUUCUGCGUCGAGUGAAGGAAGAGAAUGAGCGGAGAGGCGGUUUCAUCCGGAUAUUCCCUUCCUCGUUAACGUGGGACCUUUAUGGAUCCUUCUUGGAGCACAAGACAACAAUGAAUUAUAUGCUAGCCACACGGCUCUUUCAGGACAGGAGAAGGAUGACAAGAGGUCUAUUUACUGGAAGAACCCAAGCAGGUCUUAAUUGGGGAGUGGAUCUGGGGCUAGAAGCCGUGGACUCUAAUGCUGAGCUUCAUGCUGCCCUUUACGAGAGGAAGCUCCUGUCUCUUGAGGUACGGAAACGCAGGCGACGUCACGGCAAGAUGAGAGCAGCACGGGCAAGACCUCCAGGGACUUCCAAACCGACAAAGCUGCUGCCUAAGUCUGAUACAGAAAGUGAAGAGGAGGAAGAGGCAGAUGAAGUUGAAGAACUAGAGGUAACUCAGAAUGAAGCUGCUGGCUCUCGUAUGGACAUGCAGAUAAAUUCUAAGCCAAAGUUAUCUGAGUUGAUGGAAGCUGCUUGCCGAGAAAAAUUGCUGAAGGAGCCUGGACAGGAAGUUGGAGGGUGCGAAGGAGAAAUGCUUCUCCAAAAAGUAGAGCCAGAACCUCGAUUUAACUUGCUAAAGAUUCUGCAGGAGAAUGGCAAUUUAAGCAAGGUGCAGGCUCGCAGGGCUUUCUCUGCCUACCUGCAGCGUGUUCAGUUGCGCCUGAUGAAAGAAUCUGGGGGCUGUAUCCAGAGUGCUGCCUGGGCUGCCAAGGAGGAUGAGCAAAUGGAGCUGGUGGUACGCUUUUUGAAGCGAGCAGCCAGCAAUCUUCAGCAGUCCAUGAGGAUGCUACUCCCAAGUCGGCAUCUGGCACUGAAUGACCGUAGGCGCAUUCUGGCUCACCAGCUGGGGGAGUUCAUUAUCUGUUAUAACAAGGAAACUGAUCAGAUGAUUCGGAAGAAAUCAAAAAAAAAACAGGAAGAAGAGGAGGAGGAGGGUGUGAAUGCUGAAGGUUUUCAGGACUUUGUUACCAGAGCAAGUGAGAGUGACUUAGAGGAGGUGCUGACAUUUUACACACACAAGAAUAAGUCGGCCAGUGUAUUCUUGGGUACCAACCCCAGAACCUCAAAGCCCUGCAACAGCAGCAAUCCAUCAGAAAGCACAGCCCAGAAAGAUCUUCCUGAGGUGGUGGAGGAAGUGAAAAGUAAUCAGCUCGAAUGUCCCGUGGCAGAACUAAAUGCAGAAGGAGAGCUAAAAGGUGACAAGCCCAGAGAAAUUGGAUCAUCUCAAGAUGAGCUGAAAUUACCUCAGUGUAGCCCUCACAGUGCUUCCUCCUCUGGUCCUGGUGCUAUGCUCCAGAGAAGCAUCAGCUCACAGUUUUCAUCUCAUACCACAGCCUCUGAAAACACACAGGUGUCUAGUCACCACUCAUCCCUGCCUCCUCCAGCUGGUCCUGGACUGACUCAGUCCCCACCUUCCCAGAACCACAGCACAGUUUCUGACAACCAGUCUUUCUCUACAAACAUGGUAUCCCACCCACCAUCUAGCCAUGCAGAGUUGCACCGUUCUCAGUCUGGUGGCCACACCACUGGUCCAUUCUCAUCCUUUCACAGUGUUGCUCAGAUCUACAGCCAGAGAUUAUCCAGACCAUCCUCUGCAAAAGCAGGUUCAUGUCAUCGCAGCCCAAGUCGGCAACGUGCAGGCUCAGCCAGGGUGUACAAAGAUGCAGAAGACCCAUCCUCCCAGGGCAGAUGCUACAACCGCAGCACUGUAGCAGCAGAACUGCAGCGACUGGCAGAGAAACAGGCAGCCAGGCAGUAUUCACCACCCAGCCACAUCAGUCUCCUUACACAGCAGUUAACAAACCUGAACCUGGCAAGUGCAGCCAUAAGCAAAGGGAACACAGCCUCCCCUCCCAGUCACCACUCAGCACUUAGCACUAGCAGGUCCUUAUGGGCUGUUCAGUCGGACACUCGCAUAGUGGACAGCAGGCCCUUCUCAGCAGUCAGGGUUCCAGAGAGUGAUGAUGGCUUUUCCUGGGAAGGGGAAUUGGAGAACAGUGUCUACAACAAGGUGACAGGGAACCAACUGGCAUAUCCCAAGUAUCAGCCAACUGCCGGCAGCUAUCAGCUUAAUUUUGCUGUGCAGCAACUCCAGCAACAGAAGAUUCAAUCCCGACAGCUCCUGGAGCAGAGUCGAGCCCGACACCAGGCUCUCUUUGCCAACCAUCCACCAGCCAGCUCCAGCCAUAUAUCUGUGCCAGCUAGUUCUGGUGCCCACAAGAUGACAAGUGCCAGUUCCAGCAUCCAGAAGGCGGUCAGUCUGCACAAAAUCAUGCCAUCCCAGAGUACACCUUCUCACCUGGUUCCCAAGCCCCCAGCCAACCUCAGGCAAGCAGUGAUCAGAAAGGUGGCAGCCCAGAGGAUUUCCAAGGUGACCUCUACAGAAGGUUAUCUGAAUGGAUUCCAGAACAGCCUUAACAGUGCUUCAUCCUGUGAGCCCAGCACAAACCCUACAGCUCCUACUCACAGUGAAGGACUAACCCUGAGCAGCAGGUGAGAAACACAGUGCACUGCUCCCAAGCAUGAAGCAAAGGAUGACGCAGCAGUGACUAUUCAUCGUACUGUCCUCCCCACAACACUCUGACCAGGGUGGGUGUGAGGCCCUGCUGCACAUCUCGGAGAACUCCCUGAAGACAGGAGAGCAGCUGAGCACUAUGGGACUGGUAGUGCAGCCCACGUUGAGGUGCCCUGUUGACUCUGAGCUUCUGUCACUAAGCUUUAGGGUUCCUUCUCUCCCACACCUUCCACUCACUGGCCAUAGAGGCUCACAUAAGACAGGUCCUCUAGCUGUCUUCAUUGUGCUUCCCGAGGUCCAAGUUUGAACAUGAAGCCUCCCUGUCUGCUCAGCCAUUUCAGCCCAUCCUAGUCUUUUAAAAGCCAAGAUUCCCUGCCCAUGAAGGGAUGCUGCUUAUACCAUGUGACUACCAAUGACAGAAGAGGACUAUUAGACCAUGUGACUAAAGAGAUCCUCAUUUGGCACCACCUUGAAUUCUGGCAAGAAGCCAUGGAAACACUGUUUGAAUAAAGUAAUUUCAUUUUGUUUUGA